CUCAGCAAAAAAACUAUAAUUUCUCUGCAGUCUUGGCUUGGGGUUAGGAAAUGUUUGACAGCGUGACCCCGGGGCCCCGUCGGGGUCCGGUGAGGGGAGGUGUAUAAAUACCCUGCUAAUGACACGGGUGCCAAAGCCGGUCUGCCUGAGGAGAUGAAGGCCCCACACACCUGCAGCAGUGAGAAGAUGAAUCCUCAGACUCUGCUCCUCAUCCUGCUGCUGCUUCCUGCUGCCCGAGCCUUCCAGUUCACACGGAUGGCUCAGUAUGUUGACAGCCACCAAGAGGAAUAUGUGGAGGCUCUCAGGGACUGGGUCGCAAUUGAAAGUGACUCCAGCAACGUUCUGAAGAGGCCAGACCUGCACCACAUGAUGGAGGUGGUGGCUCAGAAGCUACGGCUGAUGGGAGGGACCGUGGAGUUAGUUGACAUUGGAGAGCAGGAGCUCCCUAACGGACAGAUUUUGGCAUUGCCCAAAGUCGUGACAGCUCAGUUUGGGAACGACACAAGCAAACACACCGUGUGUGUCUACGGUCAUGUAGAUGUCCAGCCAGCGAAGCUGGAGGACGGCUGGAACACAGAUCCCUACAACUUGACCGAGAUCAACGGUCAUCUUUAUGGAAGAGGAGCAUCAGACAACAAAGCUCCGGUUUUAGCCUGGAUCCACGCUGUGGGGGCUUACCAAGCCCUCCAUAUGGACUUGCCUGUGAAUGUGAAGUUUGUCAUCGAAGGCAUGGAGGAGACCGGCUCCAACGGCCUGGAUGCCAUGAUCCUGGCCCAGAGAAACACCUUCUUCUCAGACGUGGACUACAUCAUCAUCUCUGACUGUGGCUGGCUGAGCAGACGGCCCGCCCUCACCUACGGAACCAGAGGCAACUGCUACUUCUUUGCCGAGGUAGAAGGACCUAAACAGGACUUGCAUUCUGGUGUUUAUGGGGGAAGUGUUAUUGAACCAAUGACUGACCUCAUUGGCAUCCUAGAUUCACUCAUCAGCCCCAGUGGAAAGAUCCAGAUUCCUGGGAUCCGGGAAGCUGUGGCUCCCCUCACGGAUGAAGAAUGGAAGAUGUACCAGGAUAUUGAGUUUGACUUGGAGAACUACAAGAACAAGACUGGUGUCAGCCAGCUCAUGUAUGACAACAAGGUGGACCUGCUAGCUCACAUGUGGCGCUACCCCACCGUCUCCAUUCACGGCAUCGAAGGGGCCUUCUCUGACCCCGGCACUAAGACCGUCAUCCCUGCGAAGGUUACGGGUAAAUUCUCCAUCAGACAGGUUCCCAACAUGGACCCCGCUGUGGUCAAAACACAGGUAACAGACUACCUUCACUCGGUAUUUGGUAAGAGGAAGAGUCCCAACAAGCUGAAAGUCUCUAUGGUGAUUGGAGCCAAGCCUUGGCUGGCGAACACCCAGCAUCCGCUCUACGAGGCGGGAAAGGCAGCUGUGAAUAAAGUUUUCAAUGUGGAUCCUGAUCUGAUCCGGGAGGGGGGGACCAUCCCUAUAGCCAGAACCUUCCAGGAUGUGACAGGAAAGAGCAUCAUCAUGAUUCCCAUUGGAGGCUUCGACGAUGGACUGCACUCCCAGAACGAGAAAAUGAGCAGAUACAACUACAUCGAGGGAACCAAGUUAUUCAUCGCCUACCUGAACGAAGUGUCCCAGAUUAAGAAAACUAGUGUGUGAUCUAUCUAUCUAUCUAUCUAUCUAUCUAUCUAUC